AUGCCAAAGCAGGCACCGGCCAAGGAGCUCCGCCGGGCCAGCAAACGCCAACGCUUGGAGGAGAAGGAGAACUACGACGACGACGACUACAGCCACGCCGGCGACGAUGACGAUGACGAUGACGAUAACGACUACGAGGAAGAGCUUGGAAAGACUGGGCUCGGCCAGUUUUUCGAGGAUGAGGAUGUCUGGGAGUCGGAUCCCGAGGAAGACGACGAGAUCUCCGGGCCCUCUGACAAGUCUGCAGCUCCUAUGCCAAUCGAGGAGUUCACGGCUGGUGUGAAAGAACGCACCAAUCCAAUCUUUUUCGACAUCAUUAUGAUGUACAUCUUGGAGAUGUUCUCGUUCUGUUCGGUGUCCAGCAACUGGAGCAAGCUCCACGAGAGCCCUUACACCAGGAAUAUGUUCCGCUGGAUCCAUUCCUGGAAAGAUCUGCUCCUUGACGACAUCGCUCUAGUCAUUUACCAGGUUGAGGCGCUUCGCAAACUCAUGAAGCUGUACGCCAAAGAUCGCAAGAAGGACCGCGGGAUCUACAUCAACAUAAUGGUCAACGACGUCCUUUCGGCAGUUGGUUGUUACGUUGGGUCUACCAUGCGGAACUUCUGGAAACGCAUUACGACUGAACACCUGAACCCAAAGCAUCGGAAGAGACAUCCCACUAGCCACCACUAUUCGUUCUUCAAAGAUGACUGGAGUCCUUGUUUCAUCGUCGGUGCUUUCCUGCGAGGUCCGUUUGACUCUCAACUGUGGGCAUUCCUGAUCGAAGUGAUCUUGAUGAUUGAGCUUGGUGCAUACUGUCUGGAUGUUGCCCGAAAGAACACUGCACACGAUUUCCAACAAUCACGCCAGUGGGCAAGACAACUGCGAAAACAGAGCAAGCAGAUCCGCCUGGCUCGACAGGACGUCAACCAGAUUCCCAGCCGCCAUGGAUCCAGGGAUGAGGACGACGUACAGCCCUUGAACCAUGCUCUGCCACUUAAGCAAGGCAUCAAGGACCGCCGAACUGCGACCAACUGUGCCUUGCUUGGGCAAUCGACUGUGCCUGCUGCCACCUCCAAAACACAUGUCGAUGCAGUCACUUUCUCGUGCGAUCGUUGUGGCAACAGCAAAGCGAUGAAAGUGCCAGUCGGAGGCUUGUUGAGUGCAGCCAAGCUGCGGAGACUGGGCCCUUUGUUUGCCAAUCCUGCCUGGGCUUACGAUCGCGAAACCGACCACCUCUACUGUGCUGACUGCUGGCUCCGGGACAUCCAUCCGCUACACCACCGCGCGGCAGAAACAAAGAACGAAAGACGUACAUAUCGGGGGCUUGAAGACUAUGCCCAGGCUGUUCCACAUCGUCCCACUGUCCAACAACGUACUGAGUCAUGGUCGCCCUACGGGGUCAUGAAUCACCUCCCAAAAGCUUAUCUGCAGCGCGUGGCACCACAGCUGCCGUGGCUUACGUUCUCGGAAUUUAUGCAGACGCACGGUGUGGACGUUCCGGCAGGCACCAACAUAAAGGGCUACAAAUUCACGGCCGAACAUGACGCCAAUCUUGCGCCAGACAAUGAAUUCUAUCAGGACCACAAAGCUGCCGCUGAAGCCGUGGCGAAUGAAAAGAAAGCGAAGCGCAAGCGCUCCUCUAAGGGCAAGAAGCAGUAA